AUGGAAAUGAUCGCACAAAUGGCGAAGGCCGAGUCAAGUGCAAAAGAAGACAGCAGAGAAGAACCUGUGCAAACAGAGCAUCGUCCGAAUCACGCAGGGACAUCUGGCGAAACACCGCCAGUCGCCGUGGACACUGAUAAUCAGAAAUCGAAAUUUUUCGAAGGCGGACACAAAAGAGGAAAGAAAAGGGCUCUGGAAAAAACACCAGAACAACCGGAAAGGCCACCAACGCCAACUGAAAUUAUUCAGCAACGGGAGCAGGAGUGGCGUGAGCGUCAGCGUAAACGGCGGGAGAAACAUAAGCGGCGUCAAAAUGAAUUGUCGGAAUGCUGGAAUAAUGACGUUAUGGCGGAGAAAGAAUCAUAUCAGAAGUUUACCAGCAUGAUCGAGCAGAUUUUUGAAAACAUCGAUGAUUUCGACGUACUGGCAAGUGGCAAUGCAGAUAGUGAAGGUUUGGUCACGCAGGAUGUCCUCAUUGACAAGGGUCAGCUACAGGAGUUGCGCGAAGAAGCACAGAAGCUGAAAUCAUGGAACAUCAUCCACAAGGUGAAUUCCGAGCAUCUCGUUACACUGUUAACAAUUCUGGAAAAAAAUGUGCGUGAUGUUAUCGGUGCCGACGGUGAGCAGUCGAUCAUUCCACUAUUUAACGAGGAUGAUGAGGAUGAUUCGAGUGAAACUUAUCGUGAACUAAUCAGUGAUCGUAUUUUGCGUGCCGCCAAUGCGUCCUGUACCGCCAUGCUUAUUAUGACUUCGACCAGAAUGCCCAAGCAGAUCUUCAUCGAAGACACCAUAGAUCGUUCCAUUCAACUCUGCAAGCAGUUUCUCAGCAGUAUCGUGUAUCCGGCGUAUGAUAGCUCGUGUCGCACAUCUGACAAAGGAAAGAAAAAUGAUGCGAAAAAGCGAAGGAAAUCAACCAGCAGCAGUGCGCUUUCUGAACUCGCCAAGGCAAUCUAUCCGCGUGUCACAGAACUUGUUGGAUGCUUUGCUGAACUUGUACGAACACAGUAUUUGACAGAUACCGCUCUGCUACAGUUGUGUACCCUUGGCACCGGACCGUUUUUUGUGGAUAAUGUUGGCGAGCUGCAGAUGCAAUCGAUUACGCUUCUUUCAGCAAUUUUCUCCCGUCAUGAUCACUGUCGACAAAACAUAAUUCAGGAUCUGCUCAAUUCGAUUCAUCGUCAGCCAGUCGUGAAAACGGCAAAAAACAGCUAUCGCAUGCCAUCUGGGAAAUUGAUCAGCAAUCUCACAGUUCUCGUCAUGCAACUUAUACAAAGUGUUGUAAAAGUGCAUCCACGACGUCGUCGAAAUGAAGAGUCUCUCGAUGCGAACAGUGAAUUAGCAGUUGUAGAUGCCACAGUGAACGAUUCAUUAAUGGAAUCAAAGAAACUAGCCGAUAUGUUCCUGAUGGGUUUCCUCACAAGAUGUACAGCGAAAGCAGAAGAGGACUAUCGGCGCCUUUUCGAUCACUUCCUACACGAUUUGCUGGCUGCUUGGUAUGAGCCAGAAUGGCCGGCUGCCGAUAUGCUUGUGUCGUUGCUUAGCGCUCAUCUGAUGACGAUCACUUACUCAAAGAAUUAUGAUAUGUCUCUGAGGAUAGCCAGCUUGGAUUAUUUGGGAAUUAUAACUGCCGCCCUUCGAAAGCAUAUGCAGACUACGGUGUCGGAUGAUGUGCGCCUGAGUAUGGUUGUGAAAACGUUAGCAUACGAAGAACUUGACGAAUCGGAGCAAAAUGGCGACAUAAACAAUGUUGAUAUUAGCAAUGUUAGUUGA